AUGUUCUCUUAUUUCCCUCUUUUCCUUUCCUUUUCUUUUCUUUCCCUUUUUUUCUCUUCCUUUUUCAUCUUUUAUCGCACCGUAAUUGGUUGCAGGAGUCGCGACUGCCCUCUGACUCAGAUGACUCCGAGUCAUCGCGACUCAACGAAUUUUAUCUCAUCGAUCCAACAUUUUCUUCUGCCCUAUAUAAGAACGCCAACUCCCAGUGACUUUCCAUCAAUGUCCGAAGACAAAUCAAACCUGGAAAUUCAAGAUUUAGAAGAUCACUCGUUGGAAUCUUCCUCCGCUGGUUCAAAAAACUUGGAUCGUAUCUACCGCAAGCUAGACUACAGAAUCAUUCCAGCUUUAUGGUGCUUAUAUUUUCUUACUUCUUUCGGGUCCAAUUGUUAUGGGUUGACCCUUACGAUGAAUGCUGAAUCUGGUCACUCGUUAUCGCAACACUUGAACCUUUCUUCCAAGGAUGUUUCUACAGCAUCAGCCCUUUAUUAUGUGGGGUACAUUAUUUUCGAUGUGCCCAUGAAUUUGGUGAUGACUAAAGUUAGUCCUCAAACUUGGCUUGCUCGUAUUGUCAUCACUGUUGGUGUGGUGUACGCUUGCUACCAUGUCCUCGUCAAUAGCCAAGGUCUUAUUGCUGUGAGGUUCAUUUCAGGUAUGGUUGGUGCCGGUACAUGGCCAGGUAUGAGUUACUAUGUUUCCUUGUGGUACCCCAAUGAACGCCUGACUCGCAGAAUCGGCUACUACUUCACCGCAGCUCAGAUAUCGGCAGCGGUUGCUGGACUUGUUAGUGCUGGAUUCCAGAAAAUGGAUGGAGUUAGAGGCUAUACUGGCUGGCAAUGGAUGUACCUUGUAUAUGGAGUUAUCACCAUUGCCGUGGGUAUUUCGUUGUUGUGGUGGCUCCCAGAUAGACCAGAAGCUGCCAAUGUGCCCCAAACCACCAACAAGUGGCUCAAAUAUAUCACACCAACCUACCCAUUGAAAGGAUAUGAGAAAGACCUUCAUCGCCAAGAUAUUGAAGAACGGUAUGUCAUGGUACGGUGGACCUGGAAAAGCGUGGUGGAAAUCAUCACCGACUUGAGAAUUUGGCCGUUGAUCAUCAUGUACUUUGGAGUGGUUGGAACUGGGUUCGGUUUGGCAGUUUUCGGUUCUACCAUCAUAGCCACCAACAACCCUAGUCUUACCUCGAUUCAAGUCUCGUUGCUUUACGCUCCAAUCUGGCUCUUUGACCUCGGCGGAAUCUUGAUCAUGACUCCUUUUGCUGACCGUUACAAACAUUUGAGAGCGGCUAUCUUUUCGUUCGCAUGUGUCAUCAUCAUGACUGGACUUUUUGUAACGACUUUUGCUCAUGGUUCCUGGAACAAAUAUGGUGGUUUGCUCAUUGCUGGGUUUGGUCUUGGUCCUACCGUUCCCAUCUGUAUGUCGUGGCUGGCGGAAAUCUUCCAACCUCGUUACGGUGACGUUGGAACUGCUGUUAGUGCAGCUCUUGUCAGUGGACUUGGAAACUUGGGUUCCGUCACUGCUACUUAUGCUUUGUACCGAGGAUGGCCCGAGGACCAAAAGAGACUCUACAGAGACUCCAAUAUGAUGUUGGUGUUAAUGCUUGGUGUUAGUAUCAUUGCGUCUGGAGUUUGUCACUUGAUUCGUAACCGGGUGAGACAGCCCAAAGUUGGUGCCGGCGAACCUGCUAACUAA